CGGGAGUGACACUCGCUGGUUCCGGUUCUGGUUAUCGAGACCUAAAGCUGAGCAGACGGCAGCAACGGCCUCCCUCCUCCCUCCUGGGACCUGUAGCCCCUGUGGACAUGCCCCUCCUGGACAAUCCCGUGGGGGUGGAGGACCUCAUCCUCCUGGAACCCCUGACACAGGAGUCUCUGCUCAAGAACCUCCAACUUCGCUUUGAAAGCAAGGAGAUUUAUACCUACAUCGGGAGCGUGGUGGUCUCCGUGAAUCCCUACCAGCAGCUGCCCAUCUAUGGCCCAGAGUUUAUUAACAAAUACCGGGACUGUACCUUCUUUGAGCUGAAGCCCCACAUCUAUGCAUUGGCCAACGUGGCGUACCAGUCCCUGAGGGACCAGGACCGAGACCAGUGCAUCCUCAUCACAGGCGAGAGUGGAGCUGGCAAGACCGAGGCUAGUAAGCUGGUGAUGUCCUAUGUGGCCGCUGUCUGUGGGAAAGGGGAGCAGGUGAAUUCUGUGAAGGAGCAGCUGCUUCAGUCAAACCCGGUGCUGGAGGCCUUUGGCAAUGCCAAGACCAUACGCAACAACAACUCCUCUCGAUUUGGAAAAUACAUGGACAUCGAGUUUGACUUCAAGGGCGUGCCCCUCGGUGGUGUCGUUACGAACUAUCUGCUGGAGAAAUCCCGGGUGGUGAAGCAGCUGAAGGGGGAAAGGAACUUCCACAUCUUCCAUCAGCUGCUGGCCGGGGCAGACACACAGCUGCUCAAGGCCCUGAAGCUCGAGCGAGACCCGAGCAGCUAUGCCUAUCUGAAUGCAGACGUGUCCGAGGUGGGCGGCAUGGAUGACGCCUCCAACUUCAGGACAGUGCAGAAUGCCAUGGCCGUGAUUGGAUUCUCGGAGGAGGAGAUUCGGCAGGUGCUGGAGGUGACAGCCCUGGUGCUGAAGCUGGGGAAUGUGGAGCUGGCCAGCGAGUUCCAGGCCAACGGGGUCUCAGCAAGCGGCAUCCGUGAGGGGCCAGGUAUCCAGGAGAUUGGGGAGCUGGUGGGUUUAAAUUCAAAAGAACUAGAGAGAGCUUUGUGUGCAAGGACCAUGGAAACGGCCAAAGAAAAAGUGGUCACAGCUUUGAAUGUCAUCCAGGCUCAGUAUGCCCGGGACGCUCUGGCCAAGAACAUCUACAACCGCCUCUUCAAUUGGAUCGUGAAUCGAAUCAACGAGAGUAUCAAGGUGGGCACCGGGGAGAAGAAGAAGGUCAUGGGCGUCCUGGAUAUCUACGGCUUUGAAAUAUUACAGGAUAAUAGCUUUGAACAGUUUGUGAUCAACUACUGCAAUGAGAAGCUGCAGCAGGUAUUCAUAGAAAUAACCCUGAAAGAGGAGCAGGAGGAAUAUGCGAGAGAGGGCAUCCCCUGGAGAAAGGUGGACUACUUUGAUAAUGGUAUCAUCUGCAACCUCAUUGAGCAUAAUCAGCGAGGCAUCCUUGCCAUGUUAGACGAGGAGUGUCUACGGCCUGGCGUGGUCAGCGACUCCACCUUCCUGGCGAAGCUCAACCAGCUCUUCUCCAAACAUGACCACUAUGAGAGCAAGGUCACCCAGAAUGCCCAGCGCCAGUAUGACCACACCAUGGGCCUCAGCUGCUUCCGCAUCUCACACUAUGCGGGCAAGGUGACAUACAAUGUGGCCAGCUUCAUCGACAAAAAUAAUGACCUACUCUUCCGAGACCUGUCCCAGGUCAUGUGGAAAGCCCAGCACACCCUGCUUCGGUCUUUAUUCCCCGAGGGGGAUCCUAAGCAGGCCUCUCUCAAACGCCCUCCAACUGCCGGGGCCCAGUUCAAGAGCUCGGUGGCCAUACUCAUGAAGAACUUGUAUGCCAAGAACCCCAACUACAUCAGGUGCAUUAAGCCCAAUGAGAAUCAGCAGCGUGGUCAGUUCUCCUGGGAGCUGGUGGCCACCCAGUCUCAGUACCUGGGACUGCUGGAGAAUGUACGGGUGCGACGGGCAGGCUAUGCCUACCGUCAGGUGUACGGCCUCUUUCUGGAAAGAUACCGGAUGCUGAGCCGGAGCACCUGGCCUUCCUGGAAAGAGGGGGAUCGGGCGGGGGUCAAGAAGGUCCUGGAGGACCUGGCUGUGGCCUCAGAGGAGGUGGCCUUUGGGAAGACAAAAAUCUUCAUCAGGAGUCCCAGGACACUUUUCUUCCUGGAAGAACAGCGGCGCCUUAAGAUCCAACAGUUGGCCACGCUGAUCCAGAAGACGUACCGAGGCUGGCGCUGCCGGACCCACUACCAGCUGAUGCGCAAGAGUCAGAUCCUUAUCUCCUCCUGGUUUCGAGGCAACAGGCAAAAGAAGCGCUAUGGGAAGAUGAGGGCGUCGGCACUGUUGAUCCAGGCAUUUGUGAGAGGAUGGAAGGCACGCAAGGAUUAUCGGAAAUACUUUCGUUCCGGGGCGGCCCUCUUGUUGUCCAGUUUCAUCUACAAGAGCCUGGCACAGAAAUUCCUCUUGGGACUGAAGAAUAAUCUGCCAUCCACCAAGAUCUUGGAUCACAAGUGGCCAGCUGCCCCUUACAAGUGUUUCAACACGGCGAAUCAGGAGCUGCGGCAGCUCUUCUACCGCUACCAGUGCAAGAAGUUCCGGGACCGGCUGUCAGCAGAGCAGGUGGAAGUCCUGCGGGAGAAGCUGUGUGCGAGCGAGCUGUUCAAGGACAGGAAGGCAUCGUACCCCCAAAGUGUCCCCAUACAGUUCCGUGGUGACUACAUCGGGCUGCAAGGGAACCCCAAACUACAGAAGCUGAAGGGCGGGGAGGAAGGGCCGGUUCUGAUGGCAGAGACGGUGAAGAAGGUCAACCGUGGCAAUGGCAAGACCUCCUCUCGGAUUCUUCUCCUGACCAAGAGACACGUGAUCCUCACAGACGCCAAGAAGUCCCAGGCUAGGACUGUCAUUGAACUGGACAGUCUGGCUGGAGUGUCCGUCACCAGCUUUAAGGAUGGGCUCUUUUGCUUGCACAUGAAUGAGAUGGCAUUGGUGGGCUCCAAGGGAGACUUCCUGCUGAUCAGUGACCAUGUGAUUGAGCUGCUGACCAAGAUGUCCCGGGCUGUGCUGGCUGCCAUGCAGAGGCAGCUGCCCAUCACUGUGACUGAGAAGUUCUCAGUGAAGUUCAAGGAGAGCAGUGUGGCCGUGAAGGUCAUCCAGGGCCCUGGGGGCGGCGGCGGGGAGGGCAAGCUAAGCUGCAAGAAGAAGGGGAGUCGCAACCUGGAGGUGACUGUGCCGUGAGGGGAGCCGACUGCCUGAACAGCCCCAUCUUCCUCCUGGACCAGCACCCACCCCCUACCCUCCCUACCCUCGGGGCUGACACCUCUGCUCACGGGGCGUCCUGGCAGGUUGAAAAGCCCUCGAGGAAGACACCCUUGCUUCUCCCAAAC